AUGGUCGAAUUGAAAGAAAGAGAAAAAUGGUCAGGUAAUGCUGACUUUCUCUUUUCAUGUAUUGGCUAUGCUAUUGGUCUUGGUAAUGUUUGGCGAUUUCCUUACUUAUGUUACCAACAUGGUGGAGGAGCAUUCCUCAUUCCAUAUUAUGUAACAUUGAUCUGCGGUGGUAUCCCUUUAUUUUUUCUUGAAGUAGCACUGGGUCAAUAUACAAGCAUUGGUGGUCUUGGUAUAUGGAAAAUCUGUCCUAUUUUCAAAGGUGUUGGCUACGCUGCAGCAAUCAUAGCAUUUUGGCUUAAUUGCUAUUAUAUUGUUGUACUGGCUUGGGCUUUAUAUUAUGCGUAUAAUUCAAUAAGUUCCUCAUUAUUGCCAUGGUCUACAUGUAAUAAUUGGUGGAAUUUGAAGUCAUGUCGUACAUUGGCACAAAUGCAUAAUUAUACAACAGUGUUGUCAUGUUCACCAGUGAAAUUUACAACAAAUGACACAAUGAUGGCAUGCAUGAACAAUGCCAGUGAACAUCUUAAACAAUUCACAAGCCCUGUCAAAGAAUUUUGGGAACGAAAUGCACUUCAAAUUACAAAUGACAUAAGUGAACCAGGUACAUUACGGUGGCCAUUGGUGAUAACAUUAGCUAUUGCUUGGGUAGCAUGCUAUUUUUGUAUUUGGAAAGGUGUUAAAUGGACAGGAAAAGUUGUCUACUUUACAUCAAUGUUUCCUUAUCUACUUUUAUUCAUUUUACUUAUACGUGGUAUCACACUUGAUGGUGCCAUGGAUGGUAUAAAAUAUUUAUUUAUACCUGAUCUAUCAAAAUUAAAAACCUCUGCACUUUGGAUUGAAGCGUCAACACAAAUCUUUUUUAGUUACGGACUUGGUUUAGGUGCGCUUGUUGCACUCGGAAGUUAUAAUAAAUACAAUAAAAAUUGUUAUAGAGACACAUUGAUUCUAGCUGCUUUUAAUGAAGGAACAUGUUUAAUAAGUGGUUUUGUCAUUUUUUCUGUUAUUGGAUUUAUGGCUAAAACUGAAGGACGAAAAAUUAGUGAAGUCGCUGAUUCAGGACCUGGUUUGGCAUUUGUUGCUUAUCCAGCUGCAGUAGCUCAAUUACCAUUUUCACCAUUUUGGUCAGCACUCUUUUUUAUUAUGAUCAUUUUUAUUGGUCUUGAUAGUCAGUUUGUUACAAUGGAAGGAUUUAUUACAGCAUGUGUUGAUGAGUGGCCAAUUUUACGUCGUCGAAAAGAAUUAUUUAUCGCUCUUGUUUGUCUAAUAUCCUUUUUAAUCGGCUUACCGACAGUUACUCAGGGUGGGAUGUAUGUAUUCAAAAUUCUUGACUACUACUCAGCAAGUGGUUGGUGUUUACUUGUGUUACUUUUCUUCGAAUGUAUCAGUGUAUCAUGGUUUUAUGGAGCUGAUCGAUUUUAUGAAAAUAUUCAUGAUAUGAUUGGCUUUCGUCCAGGCAGAUUUUGGAAAUGGUGUUGGAUUGUAUUCACUCCACUUCUUUGUACUAGUAUUGCCAUAUUCAGUCUUAUUGAAUAUGAACCGGUGAAAUAUAAAAACUAUCAAUUUCCCAGUUGGGCUGAAUAUAUUGGUUGGUGUAUUGCACUUUCAUCAAUUUUAACUAUUCCCAUUUAUGCUAUUGUUUUUUUUGCAAAACAAACUGGUUCAUUUAAAGAACGAUGGAAAAUAUCUACGACACCAACUUUUAAUCAGAAUCCAUUCCGAGAUGGUAAUGAUAAAGAAACAACUCAACAAAUGUUGAACGAAGAUACAACAGCUAUGACAAAUCUCUAA